AUGGCGCACAGAAGACCACUGCAUCAACGGGUUCGAAGACACAUAGCAUCCUCGAAUGCCUGCGAUUAUUGUGGUGAGCUUGAGUCAAUAAUACACGUUUUACGGGACUGUUUGCUCGCAAAGGAUUUUUGGGCCAAUUUACUACAUGCUGGAAUGCCGACCGAGUUCUUACGGCAGCCGCGGAAUGAUCGCAUUUUCAACGACCGUCAUGCGAGCACGGUCGCUAUUUGCUCGGAGGUCUUAAGUCGGGCGGAUACAUAUAUGGCAGCGGUCGCUGCUUCUCAGCGAGUUGGGAUGGCUGUGUAUGAGACGAGAUUGAUUAGUUGGGAUCCAUCGGAUCCAGGCGACUUUUCUUACUCUUAUUUGCGUGCAGGUCCGAGUGUUGCCCCAUCACCAUUUUCGCGCCCUCUAUCAAGAGGUCGGAUUCGAAAAGGGCCUUUACCACUGCCUGCAAUUCCACACAAUCACUUAAACGGAUGCGAAUCUCUAUCAUGCACCGAGCCGCUAACUUACACACCGCCCGGUCAACUGUGCGGUUGCGUUUGGCCGAUCAAAGUCAAACUCCGUUUUAGUCUCUCUGUUGACAAAUUUUUCCUGUUAGUCCCCGAGCUUGCUCGUGAAAUUACAAACGGGGUCCCUUUGAGUCGAGAUCAAGUUCGUAUUGUCGGGGCAGAUGUCGCAGAUCAAGAGCUCGAGGAGAAAACCGAUGUUCUUGUUAAUUUGGUGCCGCCGAUUAAUGAACCGUUCAAUUAUGCUACCGCAUAUUCUAUCUACGAGAAGUUUUUGAAGGCUGAGUUUCCAUUCAACAUGUCGGUUUUUGGUGUUUACCAAGUGUUAUAUGUUAACUAUCCAGGUCUACCUUCACUAUCUCCACCUUCACGGGCCUCCUCGGGCUCUGGUACAAUCGACUUUCGACCUUAUCCCAGUCGAGGAAAAAAUGACGAGCCGUUAAAACCGUUAGGUGUUGAUGUGUCGAGAGCUAGGAAAGAUAAUUCAGACAGAAAUAUGAUAUUAAUUAUAAUUAUCCUCUCAUCCGUCACGGCUUUUGUCGUUUGCCUGGCCUUCAUUCUGCUGCUCUUGUCCAAAGAGAGUCAACACGUUGGUUCAGAAUCUCCAGACGUAAAACCGGAAAGUGGCAGUAAGCUGCCGAGCUCGACAUCAAUAUCUUUCAGCUCUAGCCUGCUCGCAUGUACGGGAACUGCUAAGAUUUUCACCAUUGAAGACAUUAAGAGAGCUACAAAUGACUUUAACAAAUCAAGAAUUCUAGGUGAAGGUGGUUUUGGGCUCGUUUACAGCGGCACUCUUGAUGACGGGUCAAAAGUGGCGGUCAAAGUUCUGAAACGAGUCGACAAUCAAGGGGGGCGCGAGUUCUUGGCAGAAGUCGAGAUGCUCGGGAGGCUUCACCACAGGAAUUUGGUCAAGCUGAUUGGCAUUUGUGCCGAGGACCAAUGCAGAUGCCUCGUUUAUGAGCUCGUACCGAAUGGGAGUGUAGAGUCUCAUUUACACGGAGUUGACAAGGAGAUUGCGCCUCUUAACUGGAGUGCACGGAUGAAAAUUGCGGUUGGUGCAGCUCGGGGCUUGGCUUAUCUUCACGAGGACUCGAGUCCCCGCGUGAUACAUCGGGACUUCAAGUCGAGCAACAUCUUGUUGGAACACGAUUACACGCCUAAGGUGUCGGAUUUCGGUUUGGCUCGAUCGGCAUUGGAUGAAGGAAACAACAAACACAUUUCGACUCACGUAAUGGGAACUUUCGGCUACUUGGCUCCUGAGUACGCAAUGACGGGCCACCUCCUUGUUAAAAGCGACGUAUACAGCUACGGCGUGGUCCUUCUCGAGCUCCUCACGGGAAGAAAGCCCGUGGACCUAACCCAACCACCGGGCCAAGAAAACCUCGUCUCGUGGGCCCGGCCCGUACUCACAUCAUCCCAAUGGGCCCUCGACACAAUUAUGGACCCGUUACUAAAACCCGGAGGCGUGCCCCCAGAAAGUUUCGCCCGGGUGGCGGCCAUAGCUUCCAUGUGUGUCCAACCGGAGGUUUCUCACCGGCCUUUUAUGGGCGAGGUUGUUCAGGCAUUGAAGCUCGUUUGUGACGAGUUCGAGAGGUCGAGGAGCUUUUGUAGCCAAGAGGAGCUUUUGAUGGAUGUUGAGAGCAUUAAGGAGAGUGGGAUCUCGGGCGAGCUUGGGGAGGGUUAUGGGCCGGGCCUUGGCGAAAGGGCGGCCUUUUCAGGCUUGGAUUUGAGGGGCGAGCCGGGCGGGUUCGGAGGGAGGGAGUCGGAGUCUUUCAGGCGGGAGUUCAACUCGGCGCCACUGAAAAUGGAGAGGACAAAAAGGAGGUUUUGGGAUCGGGUGAGAGGCCUUUCGGGCGGGAGCAUGAGCGAACACGAGUAUUUGGCUAAAUUGUAG